AUGAGCUCGCACAGAGUUGGCGCCGAGGAGCGUCCUCGGUCAUGCGACUCGUCCAUCAUCGAAAUUCCACCACCACCGACGUCGACGCCCCCAUUACCACCAGGGGUUUCGCCACAGUCGAACGCAGCGCCCGCAUCGUCGCCAGCGUCAAAACUGGCGCCAGCAACGAUAUGCGCAGACCAAAACGCGUCGUCGACUCCACGGAUUCAGAUCCCCGCUCAAUCCCCCUCGUCAUCACCCAGUUCGGCGCCUCUUCUUGAUACUGUCAUUCCCAGCCUCAGCCUCAGCUUGGACCUUGAUCACAAUACCGUAUCACUUGCACCAUCAGCGGAGGAAGCAGAGCUGCCGUCAACUUCUCAUUCCUCAGAGUCACCUGAAGAUGAGGGAGAGCGGUGUCGUCUCGGUCGUGAGACCAGGGCUGAUGUGCCUGACGGUGCAGGACGACGAGAGAAAGAGCAGAGCUCAGACCCUCUAGACGUCCCCGGGUCAACCCUUUCCGGACCUCAUCCUCCCCCACCAUCAGCAGCAGCGUUGGCACCAAGCGCGGCAACAAAUCGCUCCAGCCUGAACUCCCUCGGUAGCACAGGCACACACGAAAGCAAUCCUCGUCCCAUCUCCGCCACAACGAUAACCUCCUCUUCUUCCGCUUCUUCGGAUUCCUUGGUUUCUUUACCACCGUCAUCGUCGCCGUGUUCAUGCUGCGUCGACGCCGGAGGAAACAAGAUCAAGAAGUCUUGUACAUGCUCAUACAAGUCGAGACUUCAGCGAUGGGUGUCAGAGCAGUGUCAUUUUGUUCAGGUUGACGGCGACGAAGAUUCCGAACCCGACUCGCCCGUGUUGGGGGUGGAAGACGUCGUGAAUCCCAACGGCCUGGUGAAGACUGCCCCCAACACUCCUCCCUCGACAAUGAGCCGACCAAGGCCCAAGAACAAGUGGUACUGGCACUCUUCCUUCAAUUCGAACUCCAGGGACAGUUAUGGACAGGAGCAAGAAGAUCGAUGGGGUGAUGGAGGGGUUCGUGCGGACUCACCGGUGCUAGGCUUCGAGUUUGAGCACAACAAGAGUACCAAGGACGAGAAGAGGAAGAGUCAGAGGGGAAGUGGAUUAAGAAACAGCUUUGAUGCGUUGUCACACCCACAGGCACCACCCCGGGUACAAUCGUCGAAUCCAGAGCAACCUAUGUCUCCUUCGCAACCAUUAUCCCGAAAACCUUCCUUGUCAAGAUCUCCAUCUCAAAGCAUCUCGGCUGCCACUCUUCCUUCUUCACCUAACCGAUCCCCAUAUACAUCCCCAUAUCCUUCACGGAGACCCUCGCUGGCCAUUCGUCAACCGUCACUCGGUCAGUUGCCUGAAAGCGAAGAUGACGAGUCUGGCAAGUCAAGUGGCCGCCGCCAUUUCUCCCACUUGACAUCACCCACCACUACCAUCUCCAUGUUCAGUGGAAGCUCGGGAAGCGGGAGCGGGGAUAGCACCGUUCUGGGACAUGCAGCCCCUGUGCCUCUGGGCAGAGGUCGAUCCCAAAGCGCUAGCAUUGUCGGGGCUACAGCAGCGUCUCAACACCAACAGCAGUUCUAUUCUCCACAGAAACCCGGUCAUGGACAUAGUCAGAGCGUGUCUUUUGUCAAUGGGAGAGGGUAUCAAGAUUUACAGCUGCGGUACCAGAGCGCGUUGGCAGCUCCGGAGCCGGAAAAUGGUCUAGCUCCCCCUUUUGAGCUUCAAUCCUCGAACGUCACAAACGCCCGUACAUCUAACUCCUCUCAAUCCUUCAGCCCAACGGCCCUAGGCAGUCCAAUGACACCUUCAAUCUCGCGCAACAAUUCUCAUACCCUCAUCGCUCCUCCACCUUCGUCAAGUUCGAGUGUAUUCCCUACAUCACGCACCCCGCGCACGCCUCCCGGAAACUCUCAAACGCCUCGUACACCCCCGACACUCAGUUCGCACCCCUCGAUGGCGUCGUUGAGACAUGCCGUGUACAUCGACUCUGAAGAAGUGAGGGAACGGCUGGAUGCGUUGAUCCGAAAGGAGUCACGGGAGGUCCUCAACCCUGGUAUACAACCCAGCGUUGGACAGUCCAUGGACGCUUUGAACCAAGGGUUGAGCGCUCCUCCGCCCGUCCGCUAUGGACGAUCGAGAAGUCAAAGCUUGGUGUCGGUAGCGGAGAGUGUGGACGAGUACGAAGGAGAGUGGAGGAGUCGAAAUGACAUUGGAGAGGCCAUGUUGAGGGGAUCUAUGUAUAGUGGGAAUAGCAGAGGGGACGAUGAAGACGACGAGGACAAGCGGACGACGCUUUACGCUGCUGGGCUUGAGUAUGCUGCUCAUGCCAUGGGUCUGGAUAAGAUUGAUCCUGUUGCCUCUGCGGCCGCGUCGAGGAGUGGUAGCGGUGUGGGGUUGAACGAGGCUGGUGCUAGGCCUGAAGGAGAGCAGGCGGACUACAGGGACUACCUAUCUGGAAGGUUUUACGAGGAUGCUGAAGGGGAGAAUGAAGGUGAUAGGACGUUCACUGGUGUGGAUGAGAAGGGGAAGAGCGGUGAAGGACGGUGGGACGCCGAUGACCUCGACGAAUAUCGCGACCUGUUCUACAAGCCUUCGCCCCGGAAGUCUCAAUCUCGUACUCAAUUUGUUGAGCAGGAGCAACAGCAGCCUCAACGUCCGCCGCUCAGCCACUCGCUUUCGGUUCCUCACAUGAGUCAAGCUCAGCAACCGUCUGUCGGUGGCCAUUCGCAUAGCCAAAGUGUCUCCGUCGCCAUGCUCGCUUCCAAUGGCCCCGCUACUGCUUCGACGAGCCCCGGCUCUUCUCCAUCAGCAGCAGCCAAGUCCAAGGCGUUCUACCAAACUGAGGACGGUAGUGGCAGCAGAGUCUACCUGGGUCCUGGGUCACCAGCCUCCAAGCAUCGAUCCAACGCAUCUGUUUCGUCCAAUGGUACAGGCACCAACAGUUCUCGCUCGAGCCGUUCAUACGCAUACCUCCCCGCUGGUUCAGCCACCCACUCCAGAGCGAGCUCCAUCCAGGCACGGUUGAUGCAAGGUCACAAGAGUCAACCUAGUCUCUCGUCUGCUGGAAGUCGCUCCAGGACCGGGUCCGUUUCGGCUUCUGGUAGCGUGCCUCGACCUGCGCCGUUGGAUCUUGGUCCUGCGAUGGAGCUGGGCGUGGAGCCUGUGGCCUCGCUUGUCAUCGAAGCUGUGAGCGCGAGUGUGAGGGAUAGUGUAGCGAUUGGGCCCCCACCAAAGCGUCCUGCCCCUGCUCCGCCACUGCUGAUCGAAGCAACUGGUGUGGAUCGUGGUGCCGCUGUCGAGGGCGUGGAGCUUGAAGGGUGCGCGGAGUUCGGAUACUUGAGCGACCAGGAGAAGGGUGGUGAAGGGGAGGCAACCUUGAAGGGUAAAGUGCAGGUGAUGAGUAGCCGGUGGAGUCUCGCAUCGUCGUCCCAGGAGAGUCUGGAGCUGGCGAAGAAGGAGAAGGAGCGGGAGUUGAGGGAUAGGGAGAAGAAGGCCAAAAGUGCCCCUUCAUCACCUGGCCAGACCAAGGACAAGAGGAAGAGUUUGUUCGGCAGUGGUGAUGCAGGGUCGCCGGAUCAACCUCAGGUCGGGAAACGGAGUCGGUUGGCGAGCUUCAUUGCACGUUUUGCUGGUGGAAAGGACAAGGACAAGGAACGGGAACAACUCAAUGUUGAUGGAGAAGUCAACCAGGUUCAGGGAACUUGGGAACCUGUUCCUCCUGUUCCCCCGGCCCCGCUUAACCCACCUCCUCUGCCGCCUCAUCUCAAGUCGAAGCUGUCCCUGGCCUCCUUGCGGGGUGAUGACCACUACCCAGGCGCGAUUCCUCCGACACCCGGUUCCAUGAUUUCCGAUUGGGAUGUUCCGCCCCCGACGCCCGCCCCGACGUCUUCAGCCCGGAGCUCUAGGGUUUAUGGAUCCAUCGGUGCACAUUCCUCUUCGUCUCCCAUCCUGAACCGUGCCCGCUCUCACUCGCAUCUCAGCGUCUUGAGCGGCGCAAGUGCGGGCACAUUCGGACCUGGCGUCCACGGUCACGGUCAACAUGCUUCCCCUCCACCAAGUCCCUCGUACUUCCAGUCGAGCUUCGGGGCCGCUUCUGCGUUGUCACUCUCCAACGAUCAGCUAUCGCCGCCACCCACACCUGGCUUUUGGGCUGCUGGUGCUGGUUUCCCAAGAAGUGUAACCUCUAGUCCACGAGGCAGCUUCGUCUAUCCCAGCGUCCAUGUCCACAAUCUGCCUCUGCACGCUCAGGCUCAACUCGAAGCUCAGCAAUCGCAGCUCGCGCCGUCGACAACGCCUACUCUCCGUCCAUCAUCGAACGACAGCGCUGUCGCUCCUCCACUCGAGAGCUACGGGAGCCCCAAGAGUCAAAACACGCACCUGAGCAGCGGUCCAGCCACCUUGGAAUACUCCACUUCGGUAUCGAGUCACGGUUAUCCUGCCACUCCCGGAUCGAUCGUCGAGUUCCCGCAAGUUGGUGCCCCGUUGCCCCAGGACAAGUUGGACGCCAAGGUUUCCCUUGAUGCGAAUCGCGUUGUUGAGGGAGAGGGCGACGAUGAGAGCUUGCUUGAGGAGGCAAAGGACAUCUUAGACGUUCAUUCGUAUGGCUACGACUCUGCCAGCAGCGCGAGAAUGAGCCGUCAGUCGGAGUACGACGACGAUUCGUUCGAUGUGUUGGAUGCCUACGGUCGAGGGCCCGGAUCUGUUUCGUCGCAUGCCCGCUCGCAGUCGCAACAGUCCCAGCAGCUGCAGCUCCGGUCCCACUCUAGGUCAUCUUCCGUUUUGAGCAAGGGAUCUAGUCGCCAGAGCAUUGGAAGCGGCCGGCAGCUGCAGCAAACAUUGUCGGGUGCCCGAUCCCCAUCGCGCUCGACCCCGGAUGUUUCAAGGAAAUCCAACUCGAGCGACGAUCCUCCCCCUCCUGUUCCUCCCAAGGAUGGCCUCUACGACGCGCUAACCGGUAUCGCUACCCAAAGGCAGAAGAUGGGAUUGACUCACUCUAGCCAUUCGAGUCGUGAUGGCUCUUUCAGCGGCUCGGCCUCCCCCGCUUCUCCUCCUCCCCGUCCAAGCCAACAGCAUUCGCACAGCUCCCCUCAUGUCCGUUUUCCUGCCCUCCAGCAACAAAGUGGCGCUGUCAGCACUGUGUCGGGAAGUUCGCAUUCCGGCUCCGGAAGGUCAACUCCUUCGAGCAAGGGUAUGGGAGGCCUGAUGACGAGGUUGCGGUUGAAGUCGAGUCCCAGCUUGGGCUCUCUGAGGCCUGUCGCCGACUCGCGACCGAGUCUCCAUCAGAUGCACAGUUAUGCCCCCCUUGACUCGCCCCCGGUUCCUCCGCCUCCGAUGAGUAGGGUUGGAAGCCCACCACUGGGUUCCUCUUUCCUCCCCGGCGAUUUCACCAUCAAACACAAGUCCAGCACCAAGAACUUUGGCAGUACCUUCUCUCGCAUGAUUGGUCGAGGACGUGACAAGGACAAGAAGGGGUAUAAGGAGGAAGAAGAGUCGGAUCUGGAUUUGGACGAGGAGUUGAAGCAUUUGGACGCUUCGAUGGCGUUUGGGGCGGGUGGCAUGAUUGGUGUUGGCCCGGGCUCCUCGAAGACGGUCAGGACGCGGGGCAAGUACGGCCAGGGCGACGAUGGCUACAACCUCGAUUCGUCACUUGCAUUUGUUGGAGGUGUCGGCGGUAUGAUUGCUUCCGGUGGGACCAUCAAGGGUAGAGCUCGAAAAGAACCUGUCAGUGAUGAUUUGGAUGAGGAGUUGAAGAACGUUGACCCUUCGCUAUUGGUCGGAGGGGCCGGCGGCAUGAUCGCGGUUGGAAAGUGA